AUGGCUAAGAUAAAAAAUGGAAAAAAUUAUUAAAAAUAAUUACUUCAGCAAUUAUAAUAGCAAUAACAAUAAGCUUAAUAAUAAACCAUUCAAAAAAAUAUCAAAAAGAUAAAAUAUCAUCCAUCUGAAGAAAAAAUAAUUGAAGGAAAACAUUCGCCUUAUUUAUUUUUAGAGAGAAGAACCAAAAGAGAAGAGUAGAAAUAUAAUUUUAAAAAGAAAAUAAGAUCACUAUAUAGUAUUGAAUUCAUAUUAAUUAAUAAGAUGAAGGAUAUUACCCAUAAGUUCCUAAUUUAUAAUUUCCUGAUUAAUUAGUAGAUUGUUUAAUAAAAGUGAUUUGUUCAUUUGGGAAUAAUGCUAAGCAUAAUUAAAUAAUAAAAAAUUUAAGUUUAUAUUAUAUAGAUGAAGUUCAAGAAGAGGUUGUUAAUUUUAUUUUGGCUGAAUCAGAGGAAACUGGAACUAUUUAUGAAUUAGAUGGUAAAUUUAAAGUUACAAAUACUCUAAUCUAAAAGGUAAUGAGAUAAAGUUAAUAAUUUAGACAUAAUUGGAAAAUAAUGACUAAAUUGGAUAACAAUUGAAACAUGAAGAUAUUGAAGAGAACGAUAAUGAUCAAUUUCCAUCCCUUUCAAAUAAUCCAAUUUAAUGUAAAUAUUCAUAAUUAAUUUAUAGAGGAUCUAGAUAUCGAAGAAGAUCUGAAUUAAUUUAGAAAACAUAAUUGA